UUCGCUGAGGCUGAGAUCAGCGGGUGGGGACGCUGCCGGCGGGUGCCGGAGAAACCCACGGUGGAGGCCCUUCAGCUCGGCCUUCUGCAAAGUUCGUCUUCCUCCCUGUGGGCUCCUCCCGGGUUCCGGGGACCGCUGAGCUGGGGGGACGCUCGAGCUGCGAGGAUCCGGGCAGCCCGCAGGGCGAAGAGCGGGCGCCCAGGAUGGGAUGUGUGAGAUCCAGGUUCUUCCGGGAUGGAGGCAAGAUCUCCAAGACUGAGCCCUGCGCUGGCCCACACACCACCAUGUACGUGCCAGAUCCCAUGACCUCCAGUAAGCCGGGAUCCAGCAACUACCAGAGCAACUCCCUGGGGCCUGCGGUAGGUUGUGAGGACAUCAUUGUGGUUGCCUUGUAUGAUUAUGAAGCCAUUCACCGUGAAGACCUCAGCUUCCAGAAGGGAGACAAGCUCGUGGUCCUGGAGGAGUCUGGAGAGUGGUGGAAGGCUCGGUCCCUGGCCACCCGGAAAGAGGGUUACAUCCCCAGCAACUACGUGGCCCGCGUGAACUCGCUGGAGACAGAGGAGUGGUUCUUCAAGGGCACCAGUCGCAAGGAUGCAGAGCGCCACCUGCUGGCUCCAGGCAACAUGCUGGGCUCCUUCAUGAUUCGGGACAGUGAGACCACCAAAGGGAGCUACUCUCUGUCCAUACGGGACUAUGACCCCCAGCAUGGGGACACAGUGAAGCACUACAAGAUCCGCACUCUGGACAACGGGGGCUUCUACGUCUCCCCGCGGACCACCUUCAGCACCCUGCAGGAGUUGGUGGCCCACUACCAGAAAGGGAGAGACGGGCUCUGCCAGCAGCUGUCAGUGCCCUGCGUGUCCGCGAAGCCACAGAAGCCAUGGGAGAAAGAUGCCUGGGAGAUCCCCCGGGAGUCCCUCAAGCUGGAGAAGAAACUUGGAGCGGGACAAUUCGGGGACGUCUGGAUGGCCAUCUACAACAAGCACACCAAGGUGGCGGUGAAGACCAUGAAGCCGGGGAGCAUGUCGGUGGAGGCCUUCCUGGCAGAGGCCAACCUGAUGAAGACGUUGCAGCAUGACAAGCUGGUGAAGCUGUACGCAGUGGUCACACAGGAGCCCAUCUACAUCAUCACGGAGUUCAUGGCCAAAGGGAGCCUGCUGGACUUUCUGAAGACCACAGAGGGCAGCCAGCAGCCCUUGCCAAAGCUCAUUGACUUUGCAGCCCAGAUUGCAGAGGGCAUGGCCUACAUUGAGCAGAGGAAUUACAUCCACCGAGACCUCCGAGCUGCCAACAUCUUAGUCUCUGCAUCCCUGGUGUGUAAGAUCGCCGACUUCGGCCUGGCACGGGUCAUCGAGGACAACGAGUACACGGCUCGCGAAGGGGCCAAGUUCCCCAUCAAGUGGACAGCUCCAGAAGCCAUCAACUUUGGCUCUUUCACCAUCAAGUCAGACGUCUGGUCCUUCGGCAUCCUGCUGACGGAGAUUGUCACCUACGGCCGCAUCCCUUACCCAGGGAUGUCGAACCCCGAGGUGAUCCGGGCACUGGAACAAGGGUACCGGAUGCCACGACCGGAGAACUGCCCCGAGGAGCUCUACGGCAUCAUGACGCGCUGCUGGAAGAACCGCCCGGAGGAGCGGCCCACCUUCGAAUACAUCCAGAGUGUGUUGGAUGACUUCUACACAGCCACGGAGAGCCAGUACCAGCAGCAGCCAUGACGGAUGGGCCAGGGCCAAGUCAGGCAGCCAUGCAGGCCCCAGGAGGUUCCCCCUCUCUCCCCCAGCAGCCUCCACCAGGGCCUGCUCUCCUGCCCCAGGCCCAGAUACUCUGCCUCACUCCAGUAUCCUCAUGCACAGUUGAACUGGACAGUGUCUUUUGACUCGAUCAAAUCAUGCCUUGCCAUUCUCAGGAAACCCCAAAAUAGUACUUCCAUUAACUGGGACAGGUGGAUUCCACUUCCAGCUAGGGAUGGGAUGGAAACUGUUGAAAGUCAUGAAAUAAGUAUUUAAAUGACAGGUAUGGUUGCCUGUUAUUGAAGAUCGGCUUGCUUUCUUGCUGUAUGAGUCAGAAUUCUCGGAGGAGGUUGGAUGCGUGAGGAGAGGCAGAACAGUUCAAUGCCCUGAGUUUUCUCACUGCCCCCAAAAUAGUCACUGUUGCACUGGGGUUGGAAGGCCGCUGUAAACGAAGACCACACACUUGGUGGCUUGAAACAGCACAUACACACAGGUUAUCUCACCCUCCUGCAGGGCCAAGGGCCUGCCUCCUUCGGGAAACUUCAUUUUUCCCUGUGCCUGGAGGCCACUCACAUCCCUGAUGCCCUGUUCCCUGUGUACCUGAGUCCACACUCC